AUGGAAUUGGCUCGUGGGCUUGGAGCGAAGACCGAAAACAAAAUGAAGCACGUGAAUGUUGGAAGAACGGGUAUGAAUUCCGAUACCCUAAUGGUGAUUCAGCUUCCCGAUCCACGGGUUCUGCGCGUUCUUUCUCGGUCGGUGUUCUUGGCAUUGGUUAUUCUCACGUUGCCUUACAUCGUGUCUAUUAUCAGAGAACGGUCUGAAGCUAACAGUGGAUCUGAUGCGAUCAAUUCCAAUCUAUUGACUUCUGUUUUCCGAGAUUUGGCCAGUGAAGGCCUAUUGAGAAGGAGCGAUAAGGCUCUCAUUGCGUGCCCCGGCAUCGCGGGAAUGAUUCAUAAUCUGCAGCAGCAUUUUCACAAUGGCGUGAUCGACGUAGUAACGGAUUCUGAUCUGAAGGGACAAAACUCGAUCUCGGAAGAGACAUUUGAUUUCGUGUUCAUAUCCAGCAUCGUGGACACUAAAUUUGUCGACCGUGUUUUGAAGACUGGUGGAAUUGUGGCUGUUCCAUUGAGCGAUAACCCCAAAACCGGUUUCCGAAAGCAAUCUAAUUACAGGAUCGUUUGUCUUUGGCGCUAUGAUUCCACCAUUAUGGCAUUAAGGAAAGUUGGUCCGUCCAAUGAGCAGGUGGAGUCCUCCACAAGGCGGCGCCUUUGCCAAAUGGCGUCCGAGGCCAAGAAGGCCAAGUUAGAGAACCUUGAAGAUGUAUUGCUGGAGCCACCGAGAAGGGCUUUAAUGAAAUCAACCAAUUACUUAAAGAAAAUCAGGUUCCUGUCUGACUUGUUGGGGGAUACUCUUGAAGAUUAUAAGCGAAAAGUUUUCAUUGGUGUGGGUUUGGCUGAGGAGAAUAUCGGCGUAACUGAAUGGUUUCGGCAGAAUUAUCCAAAGAGGAACCAAGAAUUUGAGGUUUACAAUCUUGACCAGGCAGUGCCUGAAGAAGGGUUGAGCAGGGUGGCCGUUUCCGGUGUGGAGGUUUCGGAUUGGUUAAUGAAGAAUGUGAAGGAAGAGGAGUAUGUGGUGAUGAAGGCAGAAGCGGAAGUGGUGGAGGAGAUGAUAAAGAGGGGAAGCAUCUGUUUGGUGGAUGAAUUGUUUUUGGAGUGCAAGAAUCAAUGGUGGAAGGGUGGAGAGAGGGAUAAGAGCAAGAGGGCUUAUUGGGAGUGCUUGGCUUUGCAUGGAAGGCUGAGGGAUGAGGGAGUUGCAGUACACCAAUGGUGGGAUUGA